AUGGCCAACUCCUCAGAUCCUAGCGAAAGACUGAGCUCCUCGCCAGCCAUCUUCGAUAUCCUUGAUGUAGACGAAGACGAUGAUGAUAGCGGAAGUUAUCACCCCGCCCCCGAGGAACAAAGUACCGAUGCAACAAGUGUCAUGCAGGACGAAGACAGCGAUGUGGAUUUCGCCGAUGCCGAGGAAACCUUGCGCCGCGUCGAAAUAAUCUAUGAGGAGGAGGAGGAGGAUGAGGAGGAAGAUGAGGGAGACCGCACUGAAACGGAGAACGAUGGCACUGCAACGGAAACUAGAACCCGCGAUCGUCCAGCUCAGGUAACCCUCAACGACAUCCGCGGCCUACUCAGUGCCAGUGCCCCAUUUCGCCAGCUUAUUCUUAGCCGCUACCGCCUAGUAGGCCCGACCGGUCGAAGCCUCUUCGCUGACGACGAUGACGACGACGACGACGACCUGCACGAGUACGGUGGUUUCAGUCGCCGUCGGCGGGCCCAACGACAAAAACCGAAAGGCGACCGCUUCCCUAAAGUUCCGAGUGAGGCUGGCAAAGCAUUGAUGAACUCAGGCAUUUAUGGCUGUCGAGACUCGUACUUGGACAUCCUGCGCAAGAGAAGGCGCACGGUCAGUGAACGCCUGCUAUGGCGACGUCUGGGCUCAGAGGCACGAUCGACUAUGAGACGGCAAAACAACCUCAUCGCCCAAGACCAAGUCCCCAACACCUCGACUGCUGAUAAAAUCAUCCACUAUGAUUCAAGAGCUUAUUCGGGUCAAUUCUCGGACGAUGGAAACUUCUUCUUUAGCUGCACGCAGAAUUUCAAGGUCCGGAUGUACGACACAUCCAACCCUUACGAGUGGAAAUACUACAAGACUGUGGAAUACCCCUUUGGACAGUGGACGAUUACAGACGCGACGUUGAGCCCGGAUAAUAAAUGGCUGGCAUAUUCCUCGAUUCGACAUACGGUGUGUCUCGCUCCGACAGACCCAACGGACAAUUCCGAACACACUUUGUUGGAUUUCACAAACUUCGCUCCGGGGUCAGGAAUGGGGCGACCGACAUACGGGUAUAUGGGCCGGCAUGGAUUCGGUAUCUGGUCCUUGCGUUUCAGCGGUGACGGAAGAGAGAUUGUUGCUGGAACGUCGGAUCACUCAGUCGUGGUAUAUGAUCUUGAACGCCGUCAAUCGACCGUUCGUCUAUCAAACCACGAAGAUGACGUGAACGCGGUCUGUUUCGGCGAUAAAUCCUCGCCUCACAUCCUUUACUCGGGCAGUGAUGACCAAACAUUGCAAGUUUGGGACAGACGAUCAAUGGCUGAUGGCCGUCCCGCCGGUAUAUUUGUCGGUCAUACAGAGGGUCUCACAUAUGUCGACUCGAAGGGUGACGGUCGCUACGUCCUCUCCAACGGCAAGGAACAAAUGAUGAAACUUUGGGACCUGCGGAAAAUGAUUUCCCCCAACGAGUUUGCGAACAUCAACAUCCAUUCCUACACCACGAACUUUGACUAUCGAUUCUCCUCAUAUGACGAAGACGAGUACGUCCCUAAUCCCAAAGACUGCAGUGUGGUGACUUUCCGGGGCCAUUCCGUCCUCAAGACACUGAUCCGAUGCCAUUUCUCGCCCCCUGGGUCUUCAAACUCUCGCUAUGUUUACAGCGGAAGCGAAGAUGGAAAAGUUUACAUUUGGAACAUGGACGGGACGCGUAAGGCCACGAUUGAUGUCUAUGAAGCCACGAGAAACACGAGGCCGAGGGCGGAUGGAAGCGACGGGUUCGGUGGUGGAGGGUAUGGAUAUGAGUUGCAUGGGCAUCAUAACAGUGUGUGGAAGACAUGCGUCAGGGAUGCAAGUUGGAGUCCCACGGCGCCGGUUUUGGCCGCGACGUCCUGGAACGGCUGGGGUAUGGCUACGGGCACAGUCUCGGUGCAUUCCUGGAACGACGGCGCCGAAGACGACGAAGCCCUUCCAGCCAUGUCCUCAAACUACAACCACCGCCUACAACCACGAGAGGACUUUGAUGAGGCGAUGCAUCGUUCCCGCCGCGCAAGACGCCGUGAUACCACCAAGAGCAGUUCCCCAACAACGCGAAGUCGCGCGGAGGGCAGGGGCUUGAGAAGCCGUAUCACCAGGCCGACCAGGCUGGGCGACGACGAGCCCGGCGGAGGAGGAAGUAUCUUGUGA